ACCAGUGCAUGAAGCAGCCUCACAAACAUCCUUUAUAGUCUUUUUAAAUAUGUCUUCCUCUGCUGUGAGAUGUAACACCCUAUAGGCCAAUCAGAGAAAGUUUUCAAUGAAAGCCAACAACAGUCAUGCAAUCAAAUAGCGCGGCUGUGAGGCUGCAAUGCGUGGAUGUAUCGCAAUGAUGCUGAUCUUAUGUUGCCUUCACGUGCUGUCGUAAUUAUAGCAACUCCAAUUUGAACACCACCUUGACUUGAACACAAAACCACAGUGGUUUCCAUGCUUCAGAGACGACAAACAUAGUACACAGAGGUGACAUGACUCUGACCAGAGGAUCUUUCACCUAUGCCAGUGGCGAAGAGUACCAUGGCGAAUGGAAAGAAGGUCGGAGACAUGGUGUAGGUCAGCUCAAGUUCCAGGAUGGGACCUGUUACAGCGGUCAGUUUGAGAACGGACUCUUCCACGGCUCUGGAGCGCUGAUCUUUACAGAUGGAUCCAGGUAUGAAGGUGAAUUUGCACAGGGAAAGUUCCAAGGUACAGGGGUUUUCAGUCGAUUCGACGGGAUGAAGUUUGAAGGAGAGUUCAAAGACGGUCGUGUAGAGGGUUAUGGGCUAUUGACUUUCCCAGAUGGAGCUCAUGGUGUCCCACGAAACGAGGGGCUGUUUCAAAACCACAAGCUCCAGAAGAGAGAGAAGUGUCCAGGAGUGGUCCAGCGGGCACAAGCCUCGGCCUCCACCGCCCGCAGUCUGGCACUUUGACCGUUUCAAGCCACGUCAUAGUUCCAGCACCUUCUAGGAGGGCCUCAGGGAUGUGUACCUGCAUACUCACAUCCAGCUCUCUUUCCUUUUUCUGCAUCACUUUAUAUUCUUUUUUGCUGCAAAUACCUUGUUUAGCCUUCACAGUGGCUUGGAAUGCACACACAAUUUGACCAAACAAAGCAUUUCUGUAUGACUGUUUUGGAAUGCACAAUACCAUAAAGCACACCUUUAAUGUCAGAUGUUUUUGCAACAUCUGCCGCUGUUUUUCUAUUAUUCUAAAUCUUUCACUCAUUAACAGUGACUUUGAGUUUUUUCUCUAGAGUAGAAUUGGAAAGCCUCUUGGUACCAUAUAAUUGCACAUCUGGUACUGCAAAGAUUUUUUUUCUGCAUUAGACGAAGAGGUAUAAUAUUGUAAGACUAUGUGGCAAGUAGACACUAAUUAGACUUCUUCACCUUUGAAAAAUGCUGCAGUCCAUCAUACUCGAUACUCAGCAGUGCUGCUAAUUAUCAUUCAACGAAUACAUUUUGUCACUGGUGUUUUUUUCUUUUAGAAUAGCAGUAUUCACAUUUGCCUUAAAGACAUUUUGGUACAUAAAUCUGGUUCAAGGGUGUCCAUCUGAAAAUCAGAGGAGAUGAGGCGCAGUGCCCUCUCUUUCCCCUCUGCAUCAUUUGCCCCAAAGUGUCUGUCAUCCUAAUGAAAUUGAGGUCUGAAGAAUGUCUUGAUUCAAAGAAACAUGUCUCUAAGCUGGCGUUGAGUUUCAGCUCUCAUCACUCACACGUCCAGCAGAUUUCCUUUCUCCAAUAAAGCCCCCACUCCCAGUGGAAAUAAGCGGAGAGAAGAUUUCACUCUACUGGAUGAUUCUCAUAUGUUUUCCACAAAUAAUCUACAAGACCUGGCUCCCUGGACAUUCUGAAAGUUGAUGAAUUAAAAAAGCAUAAUCAAAUGCAUUGUGUUGUGAAAGAGAUCUUAAUUGAGGCAGCUGAAUGAAAGACUUCUGAAGUAACGUAUAUAUUUAAGAGGAUGUAAUCCAAUUGUGAGUAAAAGUGUAUGGCUUUUUGUUGUUAUUAAUAGUGUUUGUUCUGACUCAUUAACCACAUUGAAGCAUAACUGAAUAGUCAUUAGAGGGACAUACUAUUAAGUAGUUUAAAAUCAUGUGGUAGUGUGUUUUUGGAUAUUUUAUUAGCCCUGAUAACCUGUCACAGACAUUCUGUGAUAACUCAUUAAUUCAGUGUACUUGAACUGCUAAUAAGCCUUACAAAAUAUUUGUAGAUGUGCUUGUCUAGGGUUGCAAACAUUGAACAACCAAAGACAAUCAAGUGAUUCUAUAAACACAAUAUUUCUUACAGCUCAACAGUUCAGACAAAUCAAUAAUGAUGAUUCCGUGCAGGGCUUUGAUGCACAAGACAAACAAAAGGAUGGAGAAUUAAGCAGGGAAUUGAUAUGAAAAUCUGUUGUAAAUACUCCUCAAUUUUUUGCAGUUGCUGAUUUGUAUCAUUUGUAUUCUGUAAAGAGA